CGCCGCUGCAGCAGCCAUAUUGGAAGGAGUUCUAACUUUUGUCGCUGGGACUCCUUCAGGCGGAAGAAGACACCUGAGUUCACCUGGCGGUUCCUGGCACACGGAAAAUUAAAAAAUAAAUAAAUAAAAGCAUCCCGGAUCCGUUCGCGCGCCUGACGUCACAAUGAGCUCUUUCCGGUGGAUUUCUGCGCUCCAGCUCGGUUGUUUGCAGACUUCCAGAGGUCCACAGUUGCUGCAGCCCGCUUCCGCCUGUGCGGUUCAGUGGCGCCCUCAGUCCUCUGAGGCCGUCUCAGCAGCCCGGCUGCCCUGCAGAGUAAAGCUUUCUGCAGGGAAACGCUACGCCUGGUGUGCGUGUGGUUACAGCAAGAAACAGCCGUUCUGUGAUGGGGCUCAUCUGAAACAGGCGCCAAGCAUUUCCCCUCUGCGCUUCAGCCCCGAUAAGGAUGGGACUGUCUUCCUCUGCGCCUGUAAGCAAACCAAAAACGCGCCGUACUGCGACGGCUCCCACCUAAAGGUCAUCUACAGGGACGCGGUGGGGGCGCUGAAAGGCCUGUUUAAGUGAGCGGCGCUGCCGGCGGUGGACCUGCCAGGGCAAACGACAUCUUCUUUGCUGGUGUAUUAAAAGAAAAUGACUCCUACAAUAAAAACAAAAUAAGUGGUGGCAGUUUAACAUCAAUCUGGUGGUGCUUUGUAUCAAGAAAGAAACAGGAAAAAAAGUACUUUUUAACCAAAUUAUUGACUGUAAAGCAUAAAAUAAUUUUUUUGUAUUAUCUCUGCCAAACUGUCCAUAUGAUAUUAUUGUGGUUUUAAUCUGACCAUCAGAUGACUUUUCAUAGAGUAUAUAAUCACUGUGGUGAGAAGGCUGCUGCAUGUGCAUAUACUUGCAUAAAUGUCAAGAGAUCGUAUUGCAAUAAUCUACUUUGAACUGUCAAUAUUGAAAGUUUUAUGUAAUCCUAUUUAUGAAGGUUUUUUUUAAAUAGUAAAUGAUUUCUGAAUUCAUUCAAAUUAAAGAAAAAAUAGGAUAAAAAUGGCUUGAAAUUUCUUUCCUAUUUGACAAUACAGUCAAUUAUAAAGAGUAGCCUAGCUUUUUUUUCAUAUAUUUCCUAAAAUGUUUUAUUUUGAAAUAAAGGCAUUUCAUAAAUAUAGGU